CGCAGGGGAGCAUCAGAGCUGACGUUGCGGCUACGUGUGCAGCGGCUCAGGCAUCCAGUGUUACCGUAAUCAGUGACGACUUUCACUACGUAAAAAAAAAAAACACUGUCCAAGGACCAUGGAAACCUUGGUUGCUCCUCAGCAAGUUCAAAUACAGAACCAGUCCAUGAACUCCACAGUUUCGACAAUUUCGCAGGUCUCACGGGUGUCUUCAGCAGUAAAUUCAGCGCAGGUACCUGGUGGUCCAGCAGCUGAGGCCCAGGGAGUCAUCCAGGCACCACAACCAUCUGUCAUUCAGUCAUCUCAGACUUACACUGCUCAGGUAGCAGCAGUGUCAGAAAAUGGAGAAUUAGCAGAUGAUGCCACUGACUCGCAGAGAAAGAAAAUGGUCCUAUCCAGACGACCGUCAUACAGAAAAAUUCUGAACGAACUGUCAUCAGAUGCCCCAGCAGUUCCUAAAGUUGAGGAAGAGAGGGGUGAAGAGGAGAGAGCUCCCAGCUUCCCAGCUGCACCAUCUUCUAUUAUUCAGACCGGCUCAGGCCAGUACAUUGCUAUAAGACAGGACGGAGCGAUCCAGCUCACCAGCCCCGUGAACGAGGGCGUCCAGGGUCGUCCGGCUGUGGCCGUGUCCAGUUCGGGAGUGCCGCUGCCUGGCGCCACGAUCCUACAGUACGCUGCGCAGUCGGGAGACGCGGCACAUCCGUUUUUCAUUCCAGGCAGCAAGAUGGUGGUGCAAGCUGCCACCGGUGACAUGUCAGCCUACCAGAUCCGCAGCUCCACGUCCAGCCUGCCGCAGGGCGUGAUGAUGGCGGUGUCCCCGGGCUCCCUGCACAGCCCCCAGCAGCUUGCCGAGGAGGCCACGCGCAAAAGGGAACUGAGACUCUUAAAGAACAGGGAGGCUGCCCGGGAGUGCCGCAGAAAGAAGAAGGAGUACGUCAAAUGCCUGGAGAACCGGGUGGCUGUGCUCGAGAACCAAAACAAGACUCUGAUCGAGGAGCUCAAAGCGCUGAAAGACCUCUACUGCCACAAACCAGAAUAGCCGAGGGCCGUGGUGCCGGAACCAAAAAGACUGAGACAGGCAUGAAAGAGUGUGGCUUAAUAGGUUGCUCUUAGGGUUUGGGGCAAAAACUGCUUUUGGCUUGUGUCCCGUCUCUGUUUGUGGCCUGGUUUUAAGCAACAACAAAAAAAAAAACCCCAUUGUGAACCCCGCCCUGCGUGUCGGAGGGCGGUAGCGUCCGUGUUUGUCACGCAGUAUUUCCUGCGUUGUCCAUGUCCGUGUGAAUGCUGCGUGUCGCCCCAGUUGCUUGUGCUUUUUGCAGGCCCUUCUGGGAGAAAGUGCUGGAACCAGCAGCAGGAGCACCCACUCUGCCUGGAGUCCCACCUCACCUCGCCGGAGUGCCAGUACAAGGAGUUCGUAGAUGAGCUCCUUGUGCGAAGUGUGUGGUGGAGAGUCAGAUUAGACCCAGCCAAUUAGAAUGCAGACAAGAGGGUGUCGUAACAAAUCCAGCUCUUUGUGCUUAGCCCCUCCCUGUUACUGUACAUAACAUUCCUGUGAUUACAUUUUUAAAUCCUGUCAAAAUGGAAAACCAAUGCAAAACAUGGUCAUUUUUAAAUGGUAGCUUUUGUCAAAGAUGAACUUUUUAUAUGCAUUGUUCCAGCAUCCAGGUGAAUUUUUCUAGAGACCCUCCUUCACUGCAGCAGCACUAUCAUAAAACACGAAAACAUGUCACAAAUGUUUAUGAGUCAGUUCGAAUGUCGCAUUUACUCAGAAGUGUCUCCUAAAGUAAACUGCAGAAUCGCUGUAUACUUAAAUGCACUAACCACACUGGCUAUGAGCUUACAGUAAGAGUUCCCCAGAGUCUGGGGGAUGCUCAUGGAAGCUUGCCUAGGCAUCUCCCACUUUCUUGGAAAAUGACCAGCACAUAACUUGUACCUCUAAGAGGAGACUUCUAUGAAAAAGUGUUAUUUUGCUAUUUAACAUGUAUUUAUUUGGUUAUUUAUGUUCGUUAUUAGAGGACUAGCUCUGCUCACACUGUAUAAAUAUAUGUUAGUUUGUGCUGUUAUUUUAAUGUAUCUCUAAGGAGAAAGAGAUGAAACGUUAGCAGAGCGUUUUAUAUGAAUGAGUUGAAGGAACAGAUGAUACCGUGCAUAGAUCUUGAUGUACAUCUGUCGUAUGGGCUUGGCAGCUGUGUAAAUGCAUUGUGUUGAAAUUGCACUGGCCUUAUUGCUUGAAUGAUGACUACAUUUUCCAAUGUGUACUUUGUUCUCCAGUUUAAGUGCAUUUCGUUAGUAAAUCUGUUAUUUAUAAUGCUUAACUUUUUGAGAAUAUAUGAAACCUUUCUCAAACGCAGUGUAAAAUUGCUUUCCAUGCACUUAGUAACAACGAAUGCAAGAUGUUUUGUCGCAUUGUUAUAUGAAAGUAGCUGUUGUUUCAUUUGUGUUGGUGCUUUUAUAUUUUCGUUAAAAUCAUCUUCACCUGGGGAAAAAGAAACUGAAUAUGUCACCCUCAGCAGUAUGUUGGUCAGCAUAAUGAAUAACAGUUAAGGCCUGAGCAAUCUAUGAAAUUAAUUUCUGUGUACUGUUUCUCUGGUGUUGCCAAGGUGAGAGCUUUCAGACUUGUACGCUACAGAAAUAUCAGCACUGAACAGGA